CUUUGCGAUUUUCACGUGGAUAAACACUCGCGCCGCCCCGGGAAUUUGACUCGACCUAAGGUUCGCGAAUCGCACCAUCCCCUAGCCUUUCGGGCUUGGAUCCUUUGAUGAUCGGCCCGGUACUACGGCCUCCUAUCCUCCUGGUCGUCAGCGUAGUGGCGUUCGCGAUGGCAGGGGCCGGAGCGAAGCCUUACUUACGGUCGAAUUUAGCGCGCACGAUCCACGCCCGGAUGAUGACGGACGGACGCCUGCGCAACAUGAACCUCGCCAAG